AUGAAAGGAGACGAAAGAGAAUGGACUUCAUUUCUUAAUGCCAGAAAGGGCUUGUUUGUGUCCGGAGUGUCCGGGAUAUUUACAACAAGCGCAGAAGACAAGGCCCUGAAAGUAGAGUUUGAAGCAACAGUCAGAAUGCACCCCACGCAUCUUCCCCUGGGGUUUGAUGUCGAGGCGCUGAAGACAGAAAGGCACAGGCUGCAGAACAUAAAGAGAACACAGGCCAUAAACAGAAUAAUAAGAGAAUACGCCGAUAGAAACCACAUUAUGUACGAAGAGAUAAAAGAAGAUCCAAAGGCGUAUCUGGAGAUGCGAAGAGAAGACGCAGAUGCGUUCAGCACUCUGCUAAAGAUAAAGAAGCUCGGGCUGUACCACGAGCAGUCCGUGCUGAGAAGAAACGUCUUCCGCGGAAUCAAAGAAAUAGUCUCGCCAGAGAUAAUAAAAAUAUCAAAAACAUCGCAGGCGCACAAACAGGAGAAUCUGUACGAUCUCAGAGUCCUCUCAGACCUUGAGUCCAGGCACAUAGCAGCGGGAGAAGCAAAGAAAGUGGCGUGGUGGCUCUCCACCCUCAAAAGCAUAAAGCAAGCAGCAAUGAAGUCCGUGCAGACACAGAAAGACCAGAUCGCAAACCAGCAGAGAAUAUUCAUUGCCGUCAGUGCGAUACACGACAAGCACAGAAAAGAAGAGGAAAAAACGAAAAGAAAAGCAGAAAAAGCAAGAAUGCAGGCCCUCAAGUCAAACGACGAGCAGGAAUAUCUUAAACUCAUAAAACAGGAAAAAAACACACGGCUUACGCAUAUUCUCAAAAAAACAGACGAGUACAUCGACAUCCUCAAAAAAAGAAUAAGGCUGCAGCAGGGAUCGGAUGAAGACCACAAGCACACACAGCAAAACACAGACAGUCAAGGCACAAAUGAAUCAGCACAAGAGAACACCACACAGGACUAUUUUGAAGCAGCACACUCCGCAAAGGAGCUGAUCAAAGAGCAGCCAAGAUCUGUGUCGUACGGUCUUCUCCGAGAAUACCAGCUGAAAGGAGUCGAGUGGAUGGUCUCUCUGUACAACAACAACCUCAACGGAAUACUAGCAGAUGAAAUGGGUCUUGGAAAAACAGUGCAGGCCAUCGUAUUCAUAUGCUACAUCCUUGAAAAAAAACAGGAGAACGAUCCCUUCCUUGUGAUCGUGCCUCUCUCCACUUUCUCUAACUGGCAGUCUGAGUUCAGCCGGUGGGCUCCUUCGAUUCGAGUUCUUUCGUACAAGGGAGACCCCGCGCAGAGAAAAGAGCUGAAAAAAGAGACAAUGGCGGGAAAGUACGAUGUCCUUCUGACUACCUUUGAAUACGUUAUAAAAGACAGAUCGUUCCUCUCCAAGACGCAAUGGCUGUACACCAUCGUGGAUGAAGGGCACCGAAUGAAAAACAGCGGGUCUAAGCUCUGCAUUGUCAUGAACACAUAUUAUAAGUCAAAGUACAGACUGCUCCUCACAGGCACGCCCCUGCAGAACUCUCUUCCCGAGCUGUGGUCUCUCCUCAACUUUGUGCUUCCCAAAAUAUUCUGCGCAGGCGGAAGUUUUGACGAGUGGUUCAACGCUCCGCUCGCGCAUGUGGGAGAAAAGAUAGAGCUGAACGAAGAAGAGGAGCUGCUCAUUAUAAAGAGGCUGCACAAAGUUUUGAGGCCGUUCCUGCUGCGCAGACUGAAAAAAGAUGUGGAAGCAGGAUUACCCGAUAAGGUAGAAACUAUCGUAAAAUGCAAAAUGUCUCCUCUGCAGAGAGCACUCUACAACGAGGUGCGCUCUGCCGCUGUCAGCAAGCAGGAAAGCACAAAGAGACUGAACAACACGAUUAUGCAGCUGAGAAAGAUAUGCAACCAUCCCUUUGUUUUCGAUACGGUGGAAGAUUUCGUAAACCCGCAGAGAAUCAACAACGAUCUGCUGCACAAAGUCAGCGGCAAGUUUGGCCUGCUGCGGAGAAUGCUGUACAAGCUCAGGGCAACAGGACACAAAGUUCUUAUGUUCUUCCAGAUGACGCAGAUCAUGACUAUCAUGGAGGACAUGCUGGUGAUGGAAGGGUUUAAAUACCUUAGACUCGAUGGCGCAGUGAAAAGCGAAGAGCGUGCUGCUCUGAUCUCUUCAUUCAACGAUCCCACAUCAGAGUAUCCAGUGUUCCUUCUGAGCACGCGAGCAGGGGGUCUUGGCCUCAACUUGCAGAUUGCUGAUACUGUGAUAAUUUUUGAUAGUGAUUGGAACCCGCACGCAGACCAGCAGGCACAGGACAGAGCGCACAGAAUAGGGCAAACAAAAGAGGUGCGAAUCUUCAGACUCAUCACAGCAGACACAGUGGAAGAGUACAUCCUGCAGAAAGCUCUGUGCAAAUUGCACGUAGAUGAAAAAAUUAUACAGGCAGGAAGAUUCGACAACAGAACAACGCACGAAGAAAGAGAAGCACUGCUCAGAAAUAUUUUUGAGGGAGAAGAGGGAGAUGCAGGCGCAGGGGAUGAUGGAUCGUGCGUCGUGGGCUCAGACGAUGAGCUGAAUAAGAUGCUUGCCAGAUCAGAAGCAGAAAUGGUUGAGUUUAAGCGCAUUGAUGAGUCCGGUGUGCUCGGGCCGUUUGAGAUGUACUCUGGGCCUGUUCCCUCUCUUUUUGCAGACAGCGAGCAGACGGACACCCCAGGAACCGAAAAUGGAAAAAGAAAAAGCUCGAUGCGGCCCUCAAAAGAAAGCAAAAAGGGCGGGCUAGUGAAGAGGUGCGAUGAGAUAUUGGACUCUCUUGUGAGAAGCACGUGCAACGGGAGAAGAAGAAGCGAGCUGUUUAUGGAGCUGCCUGAUCCGGAAAUGUAUCCAGACUACUACGAGAUAAUCAAGUACCCGAUAUCAAUUGCAGAGAUAAGAGAGAACAUAGAGAUAUACGACAGCAUGGAAGAGUUUGAAAGCGACGUAAUGAGGAUGUGCUCGAAUGCAAUGACGUACAAUGCAGAGGGCAGCACAGUGUACCAGGACGCAAAGUACUUCAUACACAUAUUCAAAACCCUCACAGAAUGA